GCAGAAAUUUAACUUAACAUGUCUAAAAGAUGAUGUUUUUCUCAUGCAUAUAUGUACAGUUUUGUAAUAAUAUUCAUUCAUUAGUCACAAUUACCUUUAAAAAGUGGCAACAAAACUGACUGGUUUAGAUAAUUUACUGUAAAUAUGCAAACGGAAAAUCCGUUUAGUUAUUAAUUGUUCAUCUGAAUGUAAUGCCAGUGCAACCUACAAUAACUGAUAAGGAAAGAAGAAAAUCGAAGUUUAAUCAAAAUAGUAAGGGGACGAUUAAUACAAAUUUUUCGAAAGGUUUAACUGUCAGUGAGCAACCGGGGAAAAAAGCAAGAAAUAUGAGUGAGGCUCAACAGAAUAAAAAUUUAUCACCAGCGCCAGGGACAAGCCGGAAAGCAUCAACUGCUACGGAUUCUAUAAACAAAGCGCAAACUUUAACUAUCGUCGACGAAUCAGAAAACGCCCAGCAAAGCAGUGAUGCUAAACCUGUUUCAGAGACGCCUAAAAAGCCAAGUCUUUUUAAAUCUAAAAUGUCAGGAGCAACAGCUGGGGCAACUAAUGAGGCAGGCGCUUCAGCUGCGGAAAAACCAACGCUCAAAUCGGUGGCAAAAAGAGUAAACCGACAAAUAAAAGCUAUGACCAUGAUAAAAAGAUGGACCGAAAUGACGUCACAUAGUCAAUUUGCUAACGAUAACGACCACCUGCAGUACAUGAGAAACAUUGCGAAACAUGCUGCCAUUGAUUUACCCGAUCCACUAAUUGACAACGUAAGGGAAGAAGUCACAAUUAUUUUACAGGACACGUUGAAACAAUAUAGAAUGGAGCUCGGGGCCAAUCAUCCACUCACACAAGAAAUGCAAACCCGCAUUCAAAACAUGAAAGAGCACACUGCAACUUGUGCGACCCGAGAUGGCAGAAGAGACGGCAAUUUUUUCAGCGUUUUUAAUGAAUAGUUACCAC